ACACUUAACCAUCAUCUUUUUAGAAUGAAUCAGCUUGGAAUACCGUAUAAACAUGCUAAAGAUAUAUCCAAAGAUAUUGUUCAAUCAUUCAAUAACUAUCUUAAUAGCAAGAGCAUCGCACCAGAACAAUUCGAAGGCGAUAUAAACCGUUGGACCCAUUUAAGGCGUCAAUCUAUGAUAACACACGAUACCAGCACAUUUAUGGAAUAUUAUAAUCAAAUUAAUCAUCUCUUAACUAAAUUACCACAAGACAUAGAUCUUAACUUUGAAUUCUCAACCCCUUUUCCAGAUAGUUCAGCAUUCAGCGUGGCCGAGAAUUACGCGCAAUCUGAUAUAAAUUACGAGAAAUGUGCUUUACUGUUUAACAUUGCUGCUUGGUAUUCCCAAAAGGCCACACAUCAGUCACGUAACAGUACUGAAAGUAUCAAAGGCGCUCUUCAGGAUUUACAGUUAUCUUCAGGUGUCUUUGACUUGCUUAUCGAAAACUUAUCAUCAUUGAAAACGCCCACAACAACACCUGAUUUAUCCCCUAAUUAUUUAAAAGUACUAAGUAUACUUAUGUUGGCUCAAGCACAAGAGUGUUAUUGGCAGAAGGCUGUCCUGGAUAAUCUCAAAAAUGGCACUAUUGCAAAGGUCUCUUUAGGUGUAUCCAAUCUAUACGAAGAGGCUUGCCAAUUGGCACUACAUUCUACACCUACUCCAGCAGACGCGCUUCCUUCCAUAUGGAUUUCACAUAUACAAGUCAAAGCCCAUCAUUUCGCAGCUGCAGCUCAGUAUAGAAAAAGUCUGGAUGACCUGAGUUCAAGCAGAUAUGGUGAAGAGUUAUCGAGACUUAAUCUGGCAGCUGAAUUAGUCAAGAAAGCGAUGGAAUUUUCUAAACGCAAUAAAGUCUUUGACGCAGUUAGAGAUGAUUUGAAGGGUUUACAAGAUACUCUUACCGAGAACAUCUCGCGUGCGACGAGGGAUAAUGACUUGAUUUAUCUUCACGAUGUACCACAUCCUAAAGCUUUACCAGUAAUCCAACCAGCAAGGAUGGUAAAGGGCGUUAUACCAACUGACUUAACAAAUGGUGCUAUACCUAAAGAUGCUUUGUUAUUCUCUGCACUGACACCAUUUGCUGUUGAUCACGCUUGCGACUUAUGGUCGAAUCGCAAAAACUAUAGAGUAAGAGAAUUUGAACAAAGAUGCGCUCAACUGGAUAAGUUGCAAGCUGAAGCCUUACAUGCACUUGGACUACCAGGAUCUUUGCAAGCCGUUGAUAGAACUUCAGAAAUACCACCAAGUUUACUUAAAAAGAUUGAAGAGCUGCAAAAUGAUGGUGGUUUAGAGAUGCUCGAGAAAUUAUCUGAUGAGGUGCAAUUGUUGGCUUUCAGUAAUGAGAACGUUAUUGACGAGACAAUUGACAUCCUCAACCAAGAGCAAGAUGAGGAUGAAGAAGUUCGUACACAGCAACCGCAACUCGUUGUACCACCUUCAUCCACUGCCAACACUCCAUUUUUACAAGAAGUUAGGCAGUUACAACAAACCCUUGAGGCUGCUUCACGCUCUGAUGGAAUUGUUCAAGAAAAAAUUUCUGCAUCAAAACAUGAUUUGGAAUUACUUUCUUCAGAUGUUGAUUACAUCAAGACGAUAUUACCUAAAGGUCAGUCUACUCACUCAAUCAAUGAUGAAAAUACACGUAAACUUCGUGGUGCUUUAGAGCAACUAGAUGAUGUCGUUGAUGAUAGAAGAGUGAUUGUACAGGAUGUGAGGAGUAUAGUGAAGAGAGACAAUAUUAGACCAAAGAUUAUUAAGGUAUUUCAAGAACAGCAGGAAGACAAAGUUGAUAUGGGCGUAUUCGAUGGUCUUUACGAAUCCGAGAUGCUAAAGUAUGAUCAGAUUUACCAGGAGUUUGAAAGUAAUAGCAAUAAUCAAGAGAGCUUGCUGAGUACAAUUCGACAACUCUAUAACGCGUUUGAAAAGCGUAAAGAGACUGAUAAAGGAUAUAUAGCACGACAAGAGAAAUUACAAGCACUAGAUUUGGCUUAUUAUACCUACAUUGAGAUUAAGAAUAACCUCAGUGAGGGUCUACAGUUUUAUAAUGAUUUCAGCAAGCUCGCUCAUGAAUUGAAAGGGAGUGUAGAGAACUUCCUCCAUCAACGAAGGAUUGAAAAGCAAGUCGCGCUUGAAAAGCUAUCCAAACAUAUAGAAAGUCUCACAUUGGAAGAGAGUAGAGAGAGUAUUACCAACUCACCACUAAAAACUUUCGCAAGGAUACCCGAAUCGGGAACUAGUCAUCAAUUUGGUGCAUGGGACGAAUCAAAGCCUAUCAGAUUUGGUUGAUUGUUCCAUUAUAUGCAUAAUACAGUUUUAC